GGCACCUACGGCAAAGCCCAGGUUGGAACUGUGACUUUGGAGAAGGAUUUGCGCCAUGAUCCGAAGAGAGAGCAAGAGGAAAUUGCGGACAGAAGCCCACAACCCAACAGAUGCUGCCCCCCUCCUGGGCUCUGGCAAGAUCCACCGGCGGAAGAGCCGACGCCGGAUGACCUGUCCUAACCCCAGGGAAAUCAACCAAGCAUUGGCUUCCAUUACACUAGGAGAACUGAACCGUUCCUGCACAUUAGAUGACUUGAUUGAGAAAUGCCUUCGCUCCUUUGAUUUGGAUGGGAACCUGUGCACCAGUGAUUUCAUGGUAAACAUGACGCUGACAGUCCACAGCUGGGUCGUGCCAUCAGCAGAGCUGGCUCGCCGCCUCUUGACUCUAUACCAGGAAGCGUCCCGGGAGAAGCGGCCGGAACACCAGCUCCGAAUCUGUCACUUCCUCCGGUACUGGCUCCUCCACUACCCCGAGGCCUUCCGGGUGGACCUGCACUUGGAAGAGGCUGUGGCUGAGAUUUGGGAGGUGGUGAAGAAGGAGGACCAGGAGGCGCACUGCCAGCUGCUCGAUAUCUCCAACACCCGUGCCUACACGUGGAACCGUUCGCUCAGCUACCAAAGCAGCCCCGGCUGUGGCAAGAAGCGGAAGGUGUCUCUACUUUUCGACCACCUCGACGCAGGCGAGUUGGCCAACCACCUCAGUUACCUGGAGUUCAAGGCCUUCUGCCGCAUCUCGUACCUGGACUUCCAGAGUUAUGUUUUACACGGCUCGGUCUGUGGCAGUCCGGCCCUGGAGCGUUCCAUCGCCCUCUGCAACAGCAUCUCCCAGUGGGUGCAAGUCAUGAUCCUUAACCGUCCGACACCCCAACAGCGAGCAGAAGUCUUCACCAAGUUCAUCCACGUUACUCAGAAGUUAAGAUUGUUGCAGAAUUUCAGCACACUCAUGGCAGUUGUGGGGGGUCUGUGCCACACUGCUAUAUCCCGCCUCAAGGAAACCCACGCUCUCCUGCCCUCUGAGGUCACCAAGAUACUAUCUGAGAUGACAGAGUUGCUCUCGUCAUGUGGAAAUUACGGGGCCUAUCGACGGGCGUAUGCCGAUUGCAGUGGCUUCAAGAUUCCCAUCGUGGGGGUCCAUCUCAAAGACCUGGUUUCUUUGCACGAGGCCUUGCCAGACCGAGUGGAUGGUGGGCGACUCAAUCUAAGCAAGUUGCAGAGUUUGUACGAGCCAGCACGAGAGCUGCGGAUGCUGCAGCAGGCUGAACAGCCCUUCCAAGCCAACAAGGACCUGGUGCAUCUGCUCACUCUUUCUCUAGACCUUUACUACACAGAUGAGGAAAUCUACACACUCUCGUAUGCCCGUGAGCCCCGCUACCCUAAAUCCUUGCCGCCCACACAGUUCAAGCCCCCUGUGGUGGUGGAGUGGGCACCCAGGGUGGCCCCCAAACCAGACCGGGUCACCAUCAGGAAGCAUGUCCAGCAAAUGGUUGAGUCUGUGUUCAAGAACUACGACCCUGAACAACGAGGUUCCAUCUCCCAAGAGGAUUUCGAAACCAUUGCCACAAGUUUCCCAUUCUCUUUCUAUGGGCUAGAAAGAGAUCGCGAGGGUCCGUGGAGCCGGGAGGAACUCCUGGAGUACUUCAUGCGGGCCUGUGCCAUCUUCUCCAAACUGGGCCUGGGAUUCCUACACAACUUCCACGAGGCCACCUUCAUGAAGCCCACCUUCUGCGACAGCUGCAAUGGUUUUCUCUGGGGAGUCUCCAAGCAAGGAUACCGAUGUCGGGACUGCGGCAUGGUUUGCCACAAGCAGUGCAAAGACCAGGUAGAGGUGGAAUGCCAGAGGCGGUUCCAUUCCUGCUCUUCCGACAGCGGCACGCCUCGGCCAGCCACGCCAGCUCCCACCCCGCAGCCGAGCUCCGGUUCGGAGGAAGAAGCGUUUCCUUUCCCCCCGGGAAAGGAGCAGAGUAAGAGCCGCAGGCUCCUGUCAGCAAGUAGCCCGGGCAGCCGGCUGAUGAAGCACGCCUGCACCCAAACGGAGGGCCUGCAGCCAGAGCCCCACGGCGGAGUGGGGGGCCACGGCAGGACACAGAAGCAACUCCCAGAACAGUUGAAGGAGCUGGAAGAGGAACGAGACAGGUUGCUGCUUGCCAAUCAGAACCUCCAACGCCGAAACUCUGAGCUGGAGAAAGAGAACAGGCGGCUUCAAGGCACGACGCAAGCAGCCCAAAGCGAGCCCUCUGUUAUGUCCUCCUGGAAGGGAUGGACCGCCUGCAGCUCCCACGAGCAUCCAAGGCCUAGCAGGCCUGAAAGAGGUCAGGAUGAAUGGCAGCAGGGAAACUAG